UCGCAAGUUAUUCAAUACACGCACUGAACUUGCCUUCUCUCCGGCAACUGAUCAAGAAACUCCCCUUACGUACAACACACCUACAUGCGCAAGAACACCUACAUUCGUCUGCUGUCUUCAUGCAAGAACCUGCGCUCUCUCCUCCAAGCACACGCGCGCAUAGUAAUCGCAGGCCUCGGCCAAGACGCCUCCACGACCACCCACCUCAUAAACUCCUACUCUUCGCUUCAAAGAUGCGACCUUGCUCGCUCCGUCCUCGACACCGCGCCGGCUCCGAGCGUCGUGUCGUGGAACUCCAUGAUAAGAGCUUAUACGAGGUCGAGCCGACACCGGGAGGCUCUGAAGAUGUACCGUUCGAUGGCGGGCAGGGGCUUGGAACCGGACGGGUAUACUUUCACUUUUGUUUUGAAAGCUUGUGCGGGUGCUCCGGAUUUGCAAGAGGGUGCUUUGAUCCGCCGUGAAGUCUGUCGCAGAGGGCUGGAGAGUGAUGUGUUUAUAUGCACUGGUCUGAUAGUUAUGUAUUGUAAAGCAGGGGAUUUGGAGAGUGCACGAGAAAUAUUUGAUAAAUUGCCUGUGAGAGACGUUGUCGCCUGGAACUCAAUGAUCGCCGGGCUAUCACAUGGCUCGGACCCUCUUGAGGCUUUGGCACUUUUUAAGAGAAUGCAGCUGACAGGAGUGGUUCCCCAGUCGGUCAGCCUGUUGAAUGUGUUUCCAGCUGUUUCGAGAUUGGCGGAUGUUGAUUCGUGCAGAUGUAUGCAUGCCUAUGGGAUUAGGAUGGAUUUUGGCUCGGAAUUUUCGAAUGCUUUGAUUGACACAUAUGCAAAGUGUGGGGAUGUAGAGUCAGCUCGCCUGGUUUUUGACCUUAUUCGUACUCCAGAUGAUGUUUCAUGGAGUACUAUGAUGGCGGGUUAUGCUCAUAAUGGAUGUUUCUCUGAGGUUUUGGGUUUAUAUGACAACAUGAAAGCAAUAGAUCUUCAGAUGAAUAAGGUCUCGGUCAUAAGUGCUCUAUUAGCUGCAGGAGAGAUUAAAGAUUUAGAGAAGGGGAAAGAGAUACAUCAGUUUGCCAAAAAACAAGCUAUCGAUGUGGAUGUUCUUGUUGCUACUCCAAUAAUAACCAUGUAUGCAAAGUGUGGAGAGUUGGAGAAAGCUGAAAAAUUGCUUAAGGGGCUCCCAGAAAGGGAUCUAGUUGCUUGGUCUGCACUCAUUGCCGUUCUUGUCCAAUCUGGUUAUCCUAAAAAGGCAUUAUCCGUACUUCAAGAUAUGGAGAACGAAAACAUGAAACCAAAUAAGGUAACUCUGAUCAGUAUCCUCCCAGCCUGUGCUGAACUAUCUUCUCUGAGAUUAGGCAAGAGCAUACACUGUUAUGCCAUCAAGGCUGAUGUUGAUUCUGACUUUUCAAUGGGAACAGCCUUACUGUCCAUGUAUGCUAAAUGUGGACAUUUUAGCUAUGCACACAUUCUAUUUGACACCGUGCAAUAUAAAGAUGUUGUGACAUGGAAUGCUUUGAUAAAUGGGUACUCUCAGAAUGGUGAAGUGGACCAAGCAAUUGAAAUAUACCAUAAACUGCAGUUUUCUGGUUUGCACCCAGAUGCGGGAACUAUGGUGGGUUUGAUACCAGCUUGUGCCCUCCUGAAUGAUCUCAAGCAAGGAACUUCUGUUCAUGCUCUGAUUAUUAAGAGUGGGUUUGAUUCUGAUUGCCAUGUUAAUAGUGCACUCAUUGACAUGUAUUCCAAGUGUGGCAAUUUUCCCUCAGCAUUGUACUUGUUUAACAGACUGGAUUUCAUUAGGGACAAGGUAUCUUGGAAUAUAAUGAUUGCCGCAUUCACACAGAAUGGAGAUGCCAAGAAAGCUUUAUCUGCAUUUCGCCAGAUGAGAUUGGAGAACCAUCAGCCAAAUUUAGUUACCUAUGCGAGCAUCCUUCCUGCAGCAGCAUACUUGGCAGCCCUGAGAGAAGGGAUGAGUUAUCAUUCUUGCAUCAUCAAAAUGGGGUUUCUGUCAUAUACUGUGGUUGGCAAUAGUCUCAUUGACAUGUAUGCUAAGUGUGGCAAGAUUGAUUUAUCUAAGAGAUGUUUCGAUGAGAUGGAAAACAAGGACACAGUCUCCUGGAAUUCUAUGCUGGCAGGAUGUGCAGUACAUGGUCAAGGGGACCAUGCCGUUGCACUCUUCUUGCUGAUGCGAAAAAACCACAUAGAAGUUGAUUCUGUGUCCUAUGUCAAUGUUUUGUCUGCUUGCAGACAUGCGGGUUUAAUAGAAGAAGGAAAGAAAAUUUUCCAUACCAUGCAAGAAGAAUGUAGGAUUCAGCCAGAUGCGGAACAUUACGCAUGCAUGGUAGAUUUGCUAGGCCGAGCUGGCUUAUUUGAUGAAACAUUGUGUCUGAUUGAGAAAAUGCCAAUGGAACCUGAUGCUGGAGUCUGGGGAGCCUUACUGGGAGCCAGCAUGAUGUAUUCUAAUGUGAAGUUGGGCGAAGUUGCAUUGAAGCAUCUCGCUGAAAUUGAGCCUGGGAACCCAACACACUCUGUAGUUUUGUCAAACAUGUAUGCUCAAUCUGGUAGGUGGGCAGAUGCAGGAAAGAGCAGGUUAAAUUUGAAAGACACCGGGAUGAAGAAAACCCCUGGUUGUAGCUGGUUUGCAGUGAAAAACAGGAUUCACACGUUUAUAACGGGGGACUCAAAUCAGCCCUAAUACAAGAAAAUGCAACUUUUGUGGAACAAUUUACUUGAGAAAAUGGAAAAUUUGGGGUUUUAUUCCUGACAGGAGCUGUGUCUAGCAGAAUUUGGCGGAAGAGGAUAAAUAACAGUUCCUUCACAAUCAUAGUGAAAGACUAGCCAUAACUUUUGCCCUUCCAAAUACAGAACCUGGAUCAACAGUGAAGAAUCUUCGUAUAUGUGUAGACUGCCAUUGCUACAGCUAUCAAAUACAUUGCAAAAUUUACAAUUCGCAAAAUCAUUGUGCGAGAUGCCACCCGUUUGCAUCACUUUGGGGAGGGCAUCUGCUCGUGUGGGGCAUCUGUAGCAUAAUGCUUAAAAAGAAGAAUGAGUGGGGACAGUGACCACAGAUUAAUCCAGCAUUACAAGAAUUUUGGAUUGGAGUAGCAAGAACACCGAUCUGUCAGCUGCAUAAUCUUGUUUGGGGAGGAAGUGAAACUUACGAUCCUAUAAAUUCUCUCCCCUCAUUCUUGUCUUCAAAGCCGACGAUAUGCUUGGCGCUAGGGCUGGAGAUCCCGUUGAUCCACAGAAUUGUUAUUUUUUAGGAUCAUAUGUAAUUUGCACCGUGAAUGUAAAGGAAAGGCAUCAUGUUCUUUGCAUACUCCUUUCCCACUGCGUGUAUAUUUUCCAGUGCUCAUACUGGAGCAGUCUGACACACGAGAUUAUGAUGCAAUUUGAUGAAACAACAGAAUGCGGUGGUAGAAUGAUAGCGGCAAGGAAGGAGCAGCAGUGAAGAUAGAGAUGAACGCAAGGCUGCUAAUUGACUGGUGCAAGGACAUUAUGCCAAGGGAAGGAAGAUAAGAUAGAGGCGAUGAAGGCAGCGGCAGAGCAACAAGGAAGGACCUGCAAGAAAGACACCAGAGGUGGAGCACCGACUACGAUGAACAGUGGUUGGCAGGCUGCGGCUGAGUGAGAUUGAGAGAGAAGAGGGCGUACCUAUGGGUUUUUUGAUGCAAGUGUCCCACUUACCUAUGUUCAAAUUUUAAAAAAGCUCACUCAUCAGAGGUCUGUUGAUAGAUUGGAGCUCACUAAUUACGUACUCGAUCAUGUUCAUGAGUUACUCUGAGUCAAAGUGUUAAUAAAUUCAAGCUCGCUCACGGCUGCUGGAACAGCCUGAACUCGAGGACGAAAAAUUGCUUAGCUUGUAAUUCACCUAUGCCCACAGCUUUGACUGGCGAAAACGUAGGCCACUAACAGGAUGCUCUUGCCCGAGCAUCUUUUUGCCAGUGUGCAAAGCAAAUCUUGUUGUCGAAUCAGUGACAGCCAUUACUUGUAUCGUGAACUGAUAGAGAAGGUUGCCUAUGAA